AGUGUGCACAUUCCUCAUGAUCUGCGACCACAAUUAACAAGAAACACCAAGGUACUGUAAAAAGAUAGGAAACCACACUGCUUUUGUUAGAAACCGGGGUGUUACAUAAAUGGGCUGGCAGUCAACAACAAAUCCUUGUCCCUCUUAAAGCUAACGUGUGUGAAAAUGGCUGCUUCCCUGCUGAGAAUUGGAGGACUGCGAUGUGUGAAGUGUUUUCAGGCAGAGAGCUGGAGUACCCUGUGUAGAGCACCCAGAGCAGCAGCUUAUAACACAAAGUAUGGGGGCUCAAAAAAGUCAUCGAAAAAGAACUCUGACAAAAAACAGGUUAAAACAUACUUCGAUAUAGAGAAACUUGUUCAGCACAAGACCUAUGAAUUUCCCAAGAAAGAUGUUUCUCCACCAGCAGUCAGUUCAACAGCACGUCCUUCAGUCUAUACUGUUACACCUGAGAAGGCUACCAAUCCUGUUGCCGAAGCAGUUCCUGCAUCAGCAGCUGGUACUACACAUGUGCGUGAUACUGGACCAGUUAUUGAGCCUGUCCCUGCAGUUGUUAAUGAAGUCCAACCUGUAAUUGAGGCAGCAGCUGAAGAUGAAACAGCCAUAGGAGCUUCUGCUGUUCCACCAUCUGUGGCUGAAACUACAAAUGUGGAAACUGCGGCCAAACCUAUGGCAACUGUUGCCCAGAUGGAAGCUUCCGCAGAACCCAAGCCUGAGGCUACCCCUGUAGAAGCUGCUGGGGCCGAGAUUGUGGCUGAAGUUACCCUUGCAGAAGCAGCCGCAGAGCCUGUUGUUGCAGCUAUCCCUGUGAAUGAUGAGAGUGAGACUGUUGUGGAUGUGGCGGAAUCUGCCACCAUGGAAGCUGCUGCAGACCUUGUUAUUGAAGCAGUCACUGUGGAAGCUGCAGCCGCCCUGGUAGAAGCUGCUGCAGAACCUGUUGCUGAAGAUUCCACCGUGAAAGAUGUGGCCGAGCCUGUUGCUGAAGCUUCCCCUGUGGAAGCUGCUGCAGAUCCUGUUAUUGAAGCUGUCACUGUAGAAGCUGCAGUCGAGCCUGUGGUUGAAGCUGAUGCAGAGCCCGUUGUUGGAGAUACCCCUGUGAAUGUGUCAGAGCCCGUUGCUGGAAUUGCAGAUGAGCUUGUGGCUAAAGAUGCCCCCAUACAAGCUCCUGCACAGCCUGUUGUUGAAGAAACCCUGGUGAAAGAUGUGUCGGAGCCUGUUCCUGAAAUUGCAGCGGAACCUGUGAUUAAAGCUACCCCCUUGGAAGCAGCUGCAGAACCUGUUGUUGAAGCAGUCACUGUAGAAGCUGCAGCUGAGCCUGUUGCUGAUGCUGCCCCUGUGGAAGAAGGUGCUUCAACUGUUGCCGAGUCUGUAGCUGCAGCUGAUGUCUCCACCCCUGAAAAUGACACAGUGGAGCUGUUGGACCUUGCUCCCGUUAUACAUGGAGAUGUAGGAGAGAAGCUGCAGGAAGAGAAAUCAGCUCAAAUGGACCCGAUUCAGAGGCUCUUCCUGGACUCCAUACGCCAGUAUUCAACAGAAAACCAAAUUACUGGAGAGUCAGUUGAUGCUGGCUCGGAGUACCAGAGGGCCCUAGAAGAGGAGAUAGCCAAGCUACAGAGGCUUUAUGGCGGAGGGGACCUCACAUCUUUUCCAGAGUUAAAAUUCCCAGAACCCACGUUUGAUGAAGUUUUCCGUAAGUGAAUGUCAUCUCAUUCCCGCUGAGCUGGACCAAUCCCUGCAAAUAUAUGCUCUAUAGAGGAACACUGUCUGUUUACUAUCAAAAGUUGCAAAAUAAAAAUCUUAAUCUCUUUC